GGCUGGAAAGACAACAACAUUGUCGAGGGAGGAAAUGGGGUUUUUGUGACGCAAGCCUCACAUCCCUUACCCCCCCCAGGUGCUAUCUCGGAAGGCGCCCGCGAGGCGAGUCAGGCGCCAGAGGAGGGGGGAACCUGCGGUCGAAGGGCGGGAGCGGCAACAUUCCAUUGCCGGCGCGAGGUUGCUGGGGUUGUACGUCGUCGCGAGCGCUGCCGCGUCCGUUUGUAAACAGAUGGUGACACGUGAUGUGAGGAGUCCGCAUUGUCUCGGAGAUCUUUCUGGAGAAGCGACAGAAGGAAGAAGAGGAGGAUAGGGAGAGUGGGGGGGAAGAGCAAUUCAGGACUUCGCUUGGAGCCCGAGCCAGGGGUUUGGGGAGGGGACGAGAGCUGAAGCGAUUUACAGCAGGAGUUAGCAGUAGCCGGCGACCGCCCGCGGGUCUGGAUGGUGGGCUCAGGGGUACAGGAGGCUGUGGAGGAGGAGGUGCAGGAGGAACGGUGUGAGCCAAGAUGGCUGGUCCAGCUCUGAACUUGUAACGGAUGGUGUGGCGGCUCUUGUCUCCUGGCGUGGUGGUGGUGGGGGAGGAAAUAUUCUCCUUGUUCUCCACCGUCCGUUGUCUUGGUGGGCAGAGAGAAUAUAGACGAUGUCAUUCGCCGUGGAAGACAACUUGGAGUCGGACUGGGUGGCUGUGAGACCCAACGCCUUCGACGAGAAGGAAAAGCACAAGUUUGUUUUCAUCGUGGCUUGGAAUGAAGUGGAGGUAAAGUUCGCCAUAACCUGCCACAACAGGACGGUGCAGAGGAAGAGGAUUGGGGCGAGGGACCAGCGGAUACGGCGGGAGGGAGAGGAAGAUGAGGAGGGGGUCCGGAAAUCGCAAGCGCCCCAGGCCGAGAGCCCAGUUCGGGGGGAUGCUGGCAUCAAGAGUCCGACCCGGAGUGGAGCGGCUGCACUCUGGAGUCCAGCCCGAGGACGGACCAGCAUCAAGAGCCCAACAGCAAAGGAAAUUGGAGUAAGGAGUCCACUUCAAGGAGAACCGGGUCUCUCUGCGGUUCCUUUGGGCGAUACAAGAGCGACGGGUUGUCUUCCGAGUGAGGCUGAUAUCUUAGGCCCAGUUCAGGACACUGUUCAUCUUCACGAUUCUGCCACGGCAGCGGAUAGGGAUCAGGACCAAGAAAAGGAUAUUGUGAUACCGGAUGAUUGUAGCUGGGCCGGACUGUUCUCCUUCCAGGAUUUGAGAUCCAUUCAUCAGCAACUUUGUGCCGUGAAUUCGGAGUUAGAACCUUGUUUGCCAGUAUUCCCUGAAGAACCCUCAGGGAUGUGGUCAGUGCUCUUUGGUGCAUCUGAAGUGAUCGAUGGAGAGAUGGACUCGCUAUGCUUACAACUUCAAGUUUACCUUGGCCAUGCUCUGGAUGUCUGUGGGUGGAAAAUUCUUUCUCACCUCCUAUUCACUGAAAACGAUAACCCGGAUGAGUAUUAUGAGAGCUUGAGUGAGCUGAGGCAGAAAGGAUAUGAAGAGGUAUUGCAGAGAGCAAAAAAACGUUUACAGGAGCUUUUGGAGAAACACAAGAUCACAGAGGUUAUGGUAGAAUUGCUGGAACUUUACCAGGAGGAAGAUGAUGCCUAUAUUGCUUUAUCUGAAGCAACUACAGAACUCUACCAAUAUCUACUCCAACCAUUUCGAGAUAUGAGAGAAUUGGCUAUGCUACGACGCCAGCAGAUAAAGAUUUCAAUGGAGAAUGAUUACCUUGGUCCACGCAGAAUUGAGAGUCUGAAGAAAGAAGAUUCUGAUUGGCAGAGGAAAGCCCACAGGGCUGUGUUAUCUAUACAGGAUUUGACAGUGAAGUAUUUUGAGAUCACAGCUAAAGCGCAGAAAGCUGUGUAUGAUCGGAUGCGUGCUGACCAGAAGAAAUGUGGGAAGGCAGCCUGGGCCGUGGCAGUUGAGAGGAUGGAAAAACUUCGGUAUGCAGUUGCAAAGGAAACACUACAGCUGAUGCGAGCGAAAGAGAUCUGUCUGGAACAGAAAAAACGGACACUCAAAGAUGAAAUGCAGAGCCUUCAGAGUGGCACAGAUGCCAUAGCACGGCUGGACCAGCUGGAGGCAGACUAUUAUGACAUGCAGCUUCAGUUGUAUGAGGUGCAGUUUGAGAUUCUGAAAUGUGAGGAGCUGCUGUUAACAGCACAACUUGAAAGCAUUAAGAGGCUCAUUGCAGAAAAACGAGAAGAAGUUGUUUACUAUGACACUUAUGAAAGCAUGGAAGCCAUGCAAGCAACAGAGGAUAUGACUGCAUCAGUGAUCCCACAGAAAAUGGAACUGUUGAAACUUCAGCAGAAGGUUCGGCAACUGGAGGCUCGGCGCAGUCGCAUUUCAGCCAAGAAAGCCUACCUCAGAAACAAGAAGGAAAUCUGUAUUGAAAGCCACAAAGACAAGAUGAAGCAGCACAGACAAAAUGAAGAGGAGUACAGGAGUCAUCAUGCUAUAAAGCAGAUGCGUAAUCAGCAACAGGAGGAAGAGAAAAACAGUAAAUGGGUUAGCCAAGAGCGACAGAAAACAUUGGACAGGCUCCGUAACUUUAAACAGAGGUACCCUGGGCAAGUUGUACUUAAAUCCACAAGACUCCAUUUCACAAAUGUCCGAAGAAAAGAUACUACAGGUUCAGUGGCUUACCUUGGCAAAGACCAAACGCACACUCUUCCAGAAACAUUACAAGUACAACAAACAACUGUAGAAGAAACUUCACCUGUAAAGAAGGGAACAAGGUCCACUGGAGCAACAGAAUUUAAAAGCAUAUUACAAGAAGAGGAAUGUUUUUCUUCACAGUCAGGAGAUGAUGCCACCCCUGAACUACUGCAACCUAUUUCACUUCCAAGCCCUUUGAUUGAAGAAAUCAGUAACGUUGAUAUAGUUCCGCCACCGCCACCACCACCACCACCACCUCUACCCCCUCCACCUCCUCCAAUACCAGUUUGUGAAGAAUCAGUCAAUGCUCAGCAACAAAUAGAGAAACCUGUUCAGUCAGGUGACUGCAAAGAAACAGCACAACCUAUUAGUUCACCGAUACCUCAUUUAUUUGACAGCAAGCAGCUAUUAAAUGCUAGAAAAAAAUUGAAGAAAACAGCAUCAAGUGAUGAGCUGAAAAAACAGAGAGUGAGUUCACCAAUGGAUGAAGUUCUAGCUUCUCUGAAGCGAGGCAGCUUCCAUUUGAGAAAAGUUGACCUGCGUUCUCUGCCUCCAUUUCCAAAUCAAGAUGACAGCAAUAAUAUACUUGCACAAAUUAGGAAAGGCGUAAAGUUGAAGAAGGUUCGGAAAGAAGCCCUGAGAGAAUCCUCCAUUGAUUUGCAUGAUGCUGAUCCUCUAACACGCAGCAUCCAUGAAGCUUUACGGAGAAUUAAAGAGGCGUCACCAGAAUCUGAGGAUGAUGAGGAUGAAGGCUUAACUUACACUGACUGGGAGAAUUAACUCUUACAGACCAAGUUUAAAAGGCCUGUGUGUUGAAAACAUAACCUUGUCCUUCCUUCCACUGUGCAAUUAAUUGUUCGUGAUCCUGUGGCAGAGCUGGUGGUCAAUGAGUGGUAGAGAGGUAUUUCCCUUGAAGCUGUGCCUAAAAUGAAAUAUUUUAAUAUCUAAACUAAUAAGUAUGUAUACUAAAUAAUGUUUAAAAUUUCCAAAACUCUCUUCACAAGUUGAUGAAAGGUGACAUUAUAUAAGUUUUUUUGUGAUUAUGAUACAGUAUCACAGUAAAUUUUAUUCAGAUCCCACUUAAGCAUAAUCAGCAUGAAGGUUUAACUGUUACCAUCUAAUAUGUUCAUUGAGCAUGCUAAAGAAAAUAUCAGUAUAAAUGAAAACGCUCCAUUUUCCUUCUGUACAAAUAAGAGCGAGUACAAUUUGACCUUAAAACAUGGCCUGACUGUAAAUUUAUUCUCAGUCUCCCUCUACCAAAGGAAUUUUCAUCAAUGUCCAAAAAAGAUUUCUGUACACCCAGCAAAAUUUUGGAAGGUGAGAGUCCAGAUGCCUUAAUAAAUGGACACAAAGUAUACAUGCAAGUUAGUUUUAGCUGUUUGUUCUGCAAAUUGGAGUCUUUCAUCUUGUGCACUGUAAAGUUACACAUUUUUGCUUUCGUGUAUUUUACUUUAUACCCCUAGGU